UUCCUCUGUGUAACAGAGACCCCUGCUGGCAAAGACUAGUCACUGCAACCUGAUGACGUACUUCCGUUUCCGAUGUAAACAAACAAGCCAAUAUGGCGACUCUGUAGUCAAACAGAAGGCAUGAUAAACUUCUGCUAGCACGUUUAUCAACAUCAUGACUGAACCGGGAGCUGAGGGGAGUUUAGUUCGGUACUACUGCACCGCCGGUAACGGGAUGGAGACUUUCUUAAUCGACGAGGUGAAGAAGAAGCUGGAGGCUGAAGAGGUGUGCCAGAUGCCAGGUAAAGUGUUGUUCAGCUCUUCUGCAGGGAUCAACAGAGUCAGUGAGCUCAAGGCUGCAGAGAGACUCUUCCUCCUGUUGAAACUAGACUCGCCUGUGCGUCUGCCUGCCCACAUCAGCCCAGCAAAAGCAGCCUCUGUGCUGCAGUCCAGAGUGCUGGGCGACAGGAAUCAGUGGACCAGUGCUGCAAUGACAUGGAGCCGCCUGCAGGAGGAGCUGAAAGGCAGAAGAACUACUGGCAACACACCAAGCACUGCCCUGGGAGUGACGAGGAAGAGGGAGGAGGGGAGUGGGAGUGAGAGAGAGACAGUACAGAGAGAGACAGUACAGAGAGGGGAAGAGUCGAGCAGAGAAACUUGUGGAGUUGAAGCCCAGACACUGGAGAAAAAGAGAAAGAGGGAUGAUGAAGAAAAGGAGUCAGAGAAUCAGAGGACAUCUGAGAGAGAAAGAAAGAGACAGUAUGAAGAGGAGGAUGAAGAGGGGAAGAGGAUGGAUGUGGAGUUUAGUAGCUGCAAACAAAAUGGAAGAAAAGGAAUAUCAGAAACAGAUUUGGAUGGAAGAGGAUCAGUUUGUGUCGAUGCAACAUCAGGACUCGACCUCAAAGUGGAACGAAGCUGCAGGAACAUGGAGGACAUGGCAGAGGACUCGGCUGUGAAAAAUGUGGAACAUGUGAAGCCUACUGGAGGAAGAGAUGAGACGCUGCUGCAGCCCAGCAGGACCAAACCAGAGCCUCCUUCUCCUGCCCCGCUCUCUUUUAGGAUCAGCUGCAAGUGUACUGGAUCUCUGUCCCGAUACUUCAGCACACAGGAGGUGAGCAAAGUGGUUGGAGUCGGUCUGAGCAGACUGCUGGGCUGGAAGGUUGACCUGAAGAACCCACAGCUGGAGGUAAACGUCUAUUUGAGUGAUGACCACUGCCUGCUGGGGUUUCCACUAACCAGGUUACCUCUGGCUAACCGGAGCUACAUUAAAACCACAGGACUGAGGUCUACUGUCGCCUGGGCUAUGGCCUCACUGGCUCAGAUACAGCCAGGCUUCUGUGUGGUCGACCCGAUGUGUGGAGUGGGAACCAUCUUAAUAGAAGCAGCACAGGAACACAAGGCUGUCCGUUUCCUGGGUAUGGACAUUGAUGAUGGACAGAUGCAGAAGGCCAAUGAGAACGUAGAGUUUGCAGAGCUGGGAAACAGGAUACUCCUGCUGAAAGCUUCAUCUAUGACGCUGCCUCUGCCCACCGCCAGUGUAGAUGCUGUCGUCUGUGACCUGCCGUUUGGCAGGAAGUUUGGCACCAAAACAAACAUGGCUGCCGACCUGCCACUCAUCCUCACUGAGAUGGAGAGAGUCCUCUGUAUCGGCGGUACCCUGGUUCUCCUUCUGAGCCCUCAGUUAUCUUGUCUCCUGAAAAAACUCCUGGCACAGAAAGACACUGGACCAACAUUAAACAAGGAAACAAAGCCUCAAACUGGGAUACAAGACUGCACAUCUCCUUCUCUAGCUUCCACAGAGCAGCAGACCUCCCAAAUCCACCAGGAGAUCAAAUCCCCACCUACCCAGGAAACAGACUGUCAGUCUGGGCUACAACACGGUCGGCCUCCCCCUCUCUGCUCCCUGAAGCACCAGGCAACUCUGAGAGUCAGCUUAGGUGCGAUAGAUGGACUUAUCCAUAAAUACGUCAAGACGGACACUUGAUCAGUGUUGGUGGAUGUUACAUUUCAAAGUAAUUAGUAACUUCCAGGGCAGUAACUAACCAUUUUUUUCAUUGUCGAUUAAUCUGUAAUCUAUUUUCUUGAUGAAUCGAUUAGUUGUUUGAGCUAUAAAAUGUCAGAAAAUGGUGAAAAAUGUCAAUCAGUGUUUCUCGAAGCCCAAGAUGACGUCCUCAAAUGUCUUGUUUUGUCCACGACCCCAAAAAUAUUCAGUUUACUGUCAUAGAGGAGUAAAGAAACCAGAUAAUAUUCAUAUUUAAGAAGCUGGAAUCAGAGAAUUUUGACUCUUUUUCCUUAAAACAAUGACUCAAUCUGAUUAAUUGAUUAUCAAAAUAGUUGGUAAUUAAUUUAAUAGUUGACAAUUAAUCAACGAAGCUCUGGUAACUUCUCUUGGUUACUUGUCAUGAAAAAUAAGUAAUUAUGUUGAAAUGUCACACUAAAGUGGAAACAGACAACUUUUCAACUCCCCCCCCCCCCUCCAGCGUUUCCAAGUGGUUUUAUUGCUGGCGCCGGUGUCGCAAAGACAACCGGAUCCACUUUCCUCAGAGCCGAGCGAAUACCAACAACACAGGACACUCUGCAGCUUCUUUUCCCCAGUUACUUUGGUUGUUCCACCCUCCGCCAUUUCCACUACUGGGACUGCAAGGAACUUACAUUGAUACUCUUUGGUAACUGGGGCUAGCCUACCAAUAGCUACCAAGGAAAACAAAAGGGCGAUCCUCUUACUGUUUUGGUUGCACUAUGGUUGACGUACUUCCUUUGUGCCGUAAAUGGAGCCUUCAUGUUCCCGGGAGAUCGUACCCGGUGGCAGACAGAAUUGCAUAGUGAAAGCUUAAAGGCUUAUAGUGAACCAAUCUA